AUGGAGGGCUAUUGCAUUAGGCCUAGAUUUAUAUCAAAGAUGUCUACACCUACAGCUACUACAUCUGAGAAAUCUUAUACCUCUUCGAUUUCCGAUGAUAGUUCCUAUCUUACAUGGAUAAAACAUUAUACUACAAAUGGAGCGUUCAAGAUUAUUUUCCAUGGCCUAAAGAGAUCAGAUUUAUGUCCAAACUCUACAUGA